AUGUUCAUAAACCGCUGACUAUUCUCAACCAACCACAAAGACAUCGGCACCCUAUAUUUACUAUUUGGUGCCUGAGCAGGAAUAGUAGGCACUGGCCUAAGCUUAUUAAUCCGCGCUGAACUAGGUCAGCCUGGCACACUAAUCGGAGAUGACCAAGUCUACAACGUAUUAGUAACAGCCCACGCCUUCGUGAUAAUCUUCUUCAUAGUUAUACCUAUUAUAAUCGGCGGAUUCGGAAAUUGACUGGUCCCUCUAAUGAUUGGAGCACCCGACAUAGCCUUCCCUCGUAUAAAUAACAUAAGCUUCUGACUACUCCCUCCUUCCUUCCUACUCUUAAUAGCAUCCUCAAUAAUUGAAGCUGGCGCAGGUACAGGCUGAACCGUAUAUCCCCCUUUAGCCGGAAACCUAGCACAUGCAGGAGCCUCAGUCGACCUUACCAUUUUCUCCUUACACCUAGCCGGCGUAUCCUCAAUCCUCGGAGCUAUCAAUUUUAUCACAACUAUUAUUAAUAUAAAACCACCUGCCAUGACCCAAUAUCAAACUCCCCUUUUCGUAUGAUCAGUCCUAGUCACAGCAGUACUACUCUUAUUAUCAUUACCUGUUUUAGCAGCCGGAAUCACCAUGCUACUUACUGACCGAAACCUAAAUACAACCUUCUUCGACCCUGCAGGUGGAGGAGAUCCAAUUCUGUAUCAACACUUAUUCUGAUUCUUUGGCCACCCUGAAGUAUACAUUCUAAUUCUCCCUGGGUUCGGAAUAAUUUCACACAUUGUGACUUAUUACUCAGGAAAAAAAGAACCUUUCGGCUAUAUGGGAAUAAUCUGAGCUAUGGUGUCCAUCGGAUUCUUAGGCUUUAUCGUAUGAGCCCACCAUAUGUUUACAGUAGGUAUAGACGUCGAUACACGAGCAUAUUUCACAUCGGCUACUAUAAUUAUUGCUAUUCCCACAGGAGUGAAAGUCUUCAGUUGAUUAGCAACACUACACGGAGGUAAUAUUAAAUGAUCUCCUGCUCUAAUGUGGGCCCUGGGUUUCAUCUUCCUUUUCACAGUAGGCGGCCUAACCGGUAUCGUUCUAGCCAACUCAUCACUAGAUAUUGUCCUACACGAUACUUACUACGUAGUUGCCCACUUCCACUAUGUUCUAUCAAUAGGAGCAGUCUUCGCCAUUAUAGGAGGCUUUGUCCACUGAUUUCCACUAUUCUCAGGAUAUACACUCAAUACAACAUGAGCAAAAAUCCACUUCCUAAUUAUAUUCGUAGGUGUAAAUCUAACGUUCUUUCCACAGCACUUCUUAGGCCUAUCCGGUAUGCCUCGACGAUACUCCGACUACCCAGAUGCCUACACAACAUGAAAUACUAUUUCAUCUAUAGGCUCAUUUAUUUCACUAACAGCAGUUAUACUAAUAAUCUUCAUUAUCUGAGAAGCAUUCACAUCCAAACGAGAAGUACUAGCAGUAGACCUCACCUAUACCAACCUUGAAUGACUAAACGGAUGUCCUCCACCAUAUCAUACAUUCGAAGAGCCAGCAUUUGUCAACCCAAAAUGAUCAAGA